AUGAUAAACUUUGCUGCAAGAAGAUUGUAUAGUACUACUGCUACAGUAAGUGCUUCGGUUGUUGGAUUCAAAUGGCCAUUGACAGUCAAACAAAUCAAAAAUAUUGGAAGCAAUAAUACUGCUUCUGCUGAACAGUUGACGACCAAUGAUGCAUCAUCAUCAUCGUCAUCAUCUGCUGGAUCAAAAGUAGGUGAUAUUGUGACUGUCAAGGGAUGGAUCAAGAACAUGCGUCAUCAAAAGCAAUUCAGCUUUGCAGAGUUGACCGACGGGUCGUGUGUACAAGGUCUUCAAGUCAUUGGAACACCACAGCACUUUGCAGAGACCACCAAUGGAUGUUGUGUCAGUGUCACUGGUAAACUGACCCAAAGUCCUGGAAAGAAUCAAUCACUUGAAAUACAAUUGUUUGAUGAACAACAAAGUAGUGGUGAUAAUACUACUAGUGGCGUAAAGGUACUUGGAAAAUGUGAUGACUCUGAAUACCCACUUCAACCCAAACAACAUUCAUUUGAAUUUCUCAGAGAUAUUGCACAUCUUAGAUCACGAUCAAAUACCAUUGGUGCGAUGAUUCGUGUGCGUAAUGAAUCCACCUCACUCAUUCACACGUAUUUCCAAGACCGACAAUUCCAACAUGUUCACACUCCCCUCAUCACCGCCAGCGAUUGUGAAGGUGGUGGAGAACAAUUCGCAAUCUCUACUCCUGUCAAUCAUCCAAACAAUAACAAAGAAAACAACAAAGCAACAACAACACCUGCAGUCAAUCACUUCUUUGGUGAACCCGCCUACUUGACAGUAUCGGGACAACUUGAAGCAGAGAUAUUUGCAUCUUCACACUCUCGGGUCUACACAUUUGGCCCAUCAUUUAGAGCCGAAAAGUCAAACACCACAAGACACUUGUCAGAGUUUUGGAUGGUCGAGCCUGAAAUGUCAUUCAUCAACAUGCAAGACAACUUGGACAUUGCCGAAGACUUCCUUAAAUAUACAAUCCAACAUUUAAUGACAAAUUGUAAAGAUGAUAUGGAGUUCUUUAACAAAUUAGAGAAAACAUUGACGAACCGAUUUGUCAGACUACCAUAUACAGAAGCUAUUGAUAUAUUGACAAAGCAAACAUCGACCAAGUUUGCAAACCCAAUCAAGUGGGGAGAGGAUUUAUCAAGAGAACACGAAAAAUAUUUGACUUCACAUUUUGGUGACAUACCAGUAUUUGUCAUUAACUGGCCCAAAGAUAUCAAACCAUUUUAUAUGCGCGAAAAUGAUGAUGGACAGACUGUUGCCAAUAUGGAUCUCCUCGUACCAGAGGUUGGUGAAUUGAUUGGUGGGUCAAUCAGAGAAGAGAGAUACGAUCAUCUAGUCAAACGACUCAAUAAGCUUGAUAUGGACCAAGAUGUCUAUGGUUGGUACAUGGAUCUACGUAAAUACGGGUCCGCACCACACGGUGGUUUUGGUUUAGGCUUUGAACGUUUCCUUCAAUACGUUACAGGUCUUCAAAAUAUUCGUGAUGUUAUCCCAAUUCCAAGACAUCAAAACUAUUGUAAAUUCUAA